AAUGUCUUUCAGGAAGUAAAUUUAAAGCAAAAGGAAACUAGAACAAAAUGCAUCAACCAGACGAGUGAGAGCAGCAUAACGUUGUCUGGACUUGGGAAUUUGGAGCAUACGACGACGGAGCGCAAAAAAUGCUGAUUAAGGAGUACCGAGUCAUCCUUCCUAUAUCCGUUGAGGAGUAUCAGGUGGGCCAGCUGUACUCAGUAGCUGAGACCAGCAAAAAUGAGACCGGCGGUGGGGAAGGGGUGGAGGUGCUGAAGAAUGAGCCCUACGAGAAGGAUGGGGAGAAGGGCCAGUACACGCACAAGAUCUACCAUCUGCAGAGUAAAGUACCAAGUUUUGUGCGGAUGCUAGCGCCAGCUUCUGCCCUCAACAUCCAUGAGAAGGCCUGGAAUGCUUACCCAUACUGUCGCACAGUUCUCACGAAUGAGUACAUGAAGGACAAUUUUCUGAUCCAGAUUGAAACCUGGCACAAGCCUGACCUCGGUGAGCAGGAAAAUGUACAUGGACUGGAUGCAGACGCAUGGAAGAAGUGUGAAGUAGUUCACAUUGACAUUGCAGACAGAAGUGCUUUGGAUUCCAAGGACUACAAACCAGAUGAAGAUCCUGCCACAUUCAAGUCUGCAAAGACAGGCAGGGGCCCCCUUGGACCUGACUGGAAGAAGGAGCUCCUAUCCAAGACGGACUGUCCACAUAUGUGUGCUUACAAACUGGUCACGGUCAAGUUCAAGUGGUUUGGCCUGCAGAACAAGGUGGAGGGCUUCAUUCACAAGCUAGAAAAGCGCUUGUUUACUAAUUUCCAUAGACAGCUUUUCUGUUCGAUCGAUAAAUGGGAUGGAUUGACGAUGGAUGACAUUCGAAGAAUGGAGGAGGAAACACAAAAAGAACUUGAUGAUAUGCGGGUUAAGGACCCAGUGAAAGGCAUGUCUGCCGCAGACGACUGAUACUACAGCUAUUUUUGCCUUAAACACCAGCAUUUUGGCCUGACUGCCAUCUUUGUGGAGCAAGUGUAUGAUCCAACUCAGCUUCUCCACUUACUCUGUUGACCAAUCUAAAAAGCCAUUAUUGUCAUGGUGGAUCAUCAAAGUCUACAGCCUUACCACUUGAAUAGUUCACAUGUAACUUAUACACUAAUGAAUAACAAUGUUGCUGUUGAAAAAUGUUUGAUUAAUGGGACUCUAUUUUUUGGAUAUGUGGUGUCAGAUAUGGUGUACCUUAUAUGCAAUGUUCCCUGUUCUGUUGCGUGGCAUUUAUUGUGCACAGUAGAGUGGACCAAAUCCAACUGUCAGCCUUUGAUCUUUUAUUUCCAUGUGUUUGCCCUUCGAAAUCAAAAUUACUUUGCAGUGUUGUUUGCCAUGCUCUAUUAUUGUGGAAUUUUUAAAUAUUUACAUAAUGUUCCCAAUGGUGCAUAUUGCUUGAGAUGAAGUUUACUGUUUCAGUCGAUGGCAGUUUAAUCCAAGGAUGGGAUCUGGGGGGGUUGUUUGCUGAAGGCCAGCGAACAACCUGGUGUCGAUCUUGAUACUCUGUCCUCAAAAGAGGUCAACCAGAGUUGGGGUAUUAAAUUGUAUUUAUAUCUGGGGUACAUGUUUUAUGUUCAUGAUUUUGUUGUUUUGUUUGGUCAAGGGUUGGGCAAAAACACUGUAUUUGUAUGUCUUCAGAUACACUGUAGUACUCUUUAUAUGACAUCAUGAAGAUUAAAAUAUUUAUAUUUACA